AUGGGGAAACAAAUGUUGAGAAAAUGUGGCGGUCUUCCAUUAGCUAUAAAAGAGGUUGGAAAACAGUUAGUAGAGAAGAAGGUUUCAGGGGAGAGCGAAUGGGAACAACUUCUUGAAUUGGUUGAUUUUGGUUCAACAUUGAAGUUGUUUGAACCAUUUUAUCAUAAAUUUGAUCCCAAACUGAGGUCAUGUUUCUUGUCUAUGGCAUUCUUUAAGGAAAAUUCAACUUUGAGGGCAGAAAAGUUGACACAGAUUUGGGUUGUAGUAGGAGCAGCUCAAGAAUAUAAAGAAUCUGAAUCAUAUUUAGAUGGUUUAGUCAACGAAUCUGUUAUUGAUGUCAAGGACAAGAGCACGGAGUAUUGCAUGAAUUUUGUGCUACACAUGCUAUCCAUCCAAAAAGCAGAGGAGGAAUUCAGUUUUGAGAUCCUAAUUAGGAACAAUGGAAAUAAUCGACCCUCUGAGAGUCCUCAUCAUCAUCGCGUUAUCAUUUGUAGCAGAGACAAGUUUAACUACUCUACGGAUCAUGAUAAGCUUCUUGUUUCUCUCUUCUUCCAUGGAGGUGGCCACUUGGACACUAGUCCUUCUUAUUGGAAGAGCUUUGAACAACUUCAGAUACUUGAUUUGGAAGAUUUUGGGUUGAAGUUUUUACCGGAAAGUAUCGACACAUUGAUGGAACUAAGACACUUGGGAUUGAGAAACAAUUACAUAAAAGAGCUUCCAGAGUCGUUGGGGUGCUUGAAAAAUCUUAAGGUUCUUGACAUAUAG